CUCUUAACACUAUAUAUUAUUACAAACAAUUAAGUUCGAGCUGAGAUCGAAAUGGAGGCUCUUUGGGUAGUAUCAAUACUCUUCAUCAUUUCAUAUUUUAUACUUUACUUUUUUAAAAACCAAGCACCAAAAAAUCUACCACCAGGACCUCCAAAGUUACCUUUGAUAGGCAACCUCCGUCAAAUUGCAUCCAAAACCACCCUUCCCCACCGCCGCCUCGCCGAGCUAGCAAGUGUGCACGGCUCUAUCAUGCACCUCCGACUAGGGGAAGUUCCUACGGUGAUCAUUUCCUCGGCGGAGAUGGCGAAAGAAGUGUUGAAAACUCAUGAUGCUUUACUUUGUAGUAGGCCAGCAGUGUUUUUGGGAGAAGUAGUGUUCUAUAAUUGUGGUGACAUCGCUUUUAGCCCCUACGGGGAACAUUGGCGCCAACUCCGUAAAAUCGCCACCCUCGAGCUCUUUACCACCCGCCGUGUCCAGGCGUUUCGGCCCAUAAGAGAGGAGGAGGUGGUGGAUCUUGUCAAGUUUUUAGCUUCUAAGUCUGGCUCUGUGGUUAAUCUUAGCAGCCGGAUUUUUACCCUCCUGUUUGACAUCACUUUAAGAAUGGUAAUGAACAAGAAAGGCAAAAAUUGUGAAGAGUUUAAAACACUUGUAGAAGAUAUUACAGCGAUUGCUCAGGGCCUUUCAAUUGGUGACUUAUAUCCAUCAUUGAAAUUUAUAAGCACCAUUAGUGGGUUGAAAGGGAACCUUCAAAGGAUAGUCAAAAGAAUUGACAAGUUUGUUGAUCCUAUAAUUGAAGAGCAUUUGUCUAAUAAAAAACAAUGUAUUGAAGACGAAGAUAUGAUUGAUGCUCUUCUAAAAUUUCGAAAGGACAACGUGCGUCUUAAUACCGAUUUUUCUCUUACUACCAGCCACAUCAAGGCAAUGAUAUUGGAUGUAUUUAUUGGUGGGAGCGAAACAUCUUCAACAGUAAUCGAGUGGGCAAUUUCUGAGUUAUUAAAGAACCCUAGAGUAAUGAAAAAGGUGCAAGAUGAGGUGAGACAAGUAGUCAAAGGAACAGAAACCCUUAUCAAUGAGGUAAGUUUGGACAAGCUCAAGUAUUUGAAGCUUGUAAUCAAAGAAACUUUCAGGCUUCAUCCUACGCCUUUAUUGAUCCCAAGAGAGUCCUUCGAAAGAUGUGAAAUCGAUUGUUAUGAAAUACCUUCUCAAACUCGAAUUUAUGUCAAUGCAUGGGCUAUUGGAAGAAGUCCAAGACAUUGGAUUGACCCAGAAAAAUUUAAUCCUGAAAGAUUUGAAGAGUCUAAAAUUGAUUACAAGGGAAUGCAUUUUGAACUGAUUCCAUUUGGCUCCGGAAGGAGGAUGUGCCCAGGAAUGUCACUAGGUAUUGCCACAGUUGAGCUCGGGCUAGCCAUGUUGCUCUACCAUUUUGACUGGAAGUUACCAAAUGGAACUGGACCCGAAGAAUUGGACAUGGAUGAAUCCUUUACCAUUGGGGCAAGGAGGAAGAAUGACUUGAAAGUAGUUCCUAUACUAUCUACUUUCUCAGGUUUCAAUUAAUAUGAUGGUGUUUUGUUGCUAUACUACUACACUAGUAGUAUAUAUUCAUCAAAUCAAGUAGCAAAAAGUGUGAUAAAUAAUGAUGAGAAUGGAAUUUUCCGUUUGAGUGCCAUCAUUAUUUGAUUAUCAAUGUUAUUUUAUUAUUAUAACGUUUUAUCUAUCUUUUAAAUUAAUGAUCUUCUGAUCAAUUAUAUUGCUUGUAAUAUAUACUAUAAUAUUAUGAAAACUCAAUGGGAUAACAUGGUUUUGCCGUGUGUCAUCCUUCAUUUAAUAUAUUUGGCGCCACAUGAGUAAU